AAUGACAUGAAGAAAGCCCAAGUUCCAGAGAAGUCAGUCCUAACAAGCUGGUUUUCCCAGUUCACCGGUGACAACAAAGAGGAAGAAGAGACAGAAGAAGAUGAAGAAGAAGAAGAGGAGGAAGAAGAGAAGCCAACAGAUGCCACUCCCAAAAGAGGGCGGGGCAGACCUAGAUUGACACCCAAGCCAACGCCCUCAAAGGAAACGCCCAGUAAAUCUGAUGAUCAGCCCAAGAGAGGAAGAGGGAGACCGAAGAAGAAUCCUGAUGAUGGGGAAACACCUGUUAAGAAAAAGGAAACUCCAGUCCCAAAAACUAAUGGGGAUGUUACUGAGAAGGAGGUUGAAGAGAAUCCAGCAGGGCCAGGUAAAACUAGGCGUGGGACCAGGGUGACUGAUUUAAGGACUAAACUAGAUACAUCAGUGGAAGAGUCACCUGGUGGAGAGAGAAAAUCCACAAGGAAGAAGACUGUGUUUACCUGUGAUGAAUGCAAGGAGACUUUCCAGAUGGAGUAUUUGUUACUGGUUCACAAAAAGAGGUGUAAGAGGGAGUCUCUUUUGACUUCCCCUCCAAAGACAGUAAGGAAGACACCAGCCAAAACUAACACUCCACAGAAGAAACCAGCAACAGCAGGUGGCUCGCAGUCCACCACAGCUAGUGUGAAGAAAACUGUGACUUCAGAGCAGGGAAAGUCGGAGCAAGAGAAGAAGAGUGUUGAGUCUGGUCCAACACCGGUAGACAUCAGUACUGUAAUUGUGGCAGGCUCAGAGACCAUAGUGAUCACAGAGAGCAUAGAAAACUUAACACGAUCCCUUCAAGGGGCUGUAGAACCUACAGAAGACAAAACUGAGGAGGUGAAAGAAGGUGAAGAGAGAGGGGAAGAGAUGGAAGUAGAUAAGGAGAAGGCUGAAGAAGGACAAAAUGAGGAGGCUCAGUCUGCAGAUCAAGAGAAAGAAGAGGAACAAGAAGCAGAGGAAGAGGAGAUGGAGGAGGAAGAAGAAGAAGAUGAUGGUGGGGAGUGGAGGCCUUCUCAAUCAGAUGAUCCUCCUCCUGCUAAACGUCGAAGAGGAAGAGGACCAAGCAGAAGGGCACUUGCAAUGAUACAAGAUGACGAUGAAGAUUACAAAGGCUCCAAAAGGAAGAGGAAGAUACUGCUCAACAUGAAACAAGCCAUCCAGGUGCUGAAGCUUACUCCUAAACGAAAGGUGCACCCUGAUUCUGGAAUGGAGGAGGUCAAUCGUGCCACAGAUACGAUAGAUCCUGAGGCUUUGUUGAAAUCAUCAGAGGAGAGUGCGCAGGCUGAAAAUAAUGAAAAAGAGCAAGCUGAGGAAGAGGGAACGGGUGAAAGAGCAGAGGAAGAAAAAGAACAGGAAAAGAGCCAGGCUACAGAGACAGAGGACCAGGCAGCAGAGGAAGGGGACCAGAAAAAGGAGCAGCCAGAAGUGAAAGUGAAAGAAGAGAAGCUUCCCCUGAAGGUUGUGGUGGAGUCCCUUCCUUCUGAUGAAGAGAGGGAGUUAUCUGAGGCAGAUUAUCUGGACGUGGCAGAGAUAGAGAAGAUGGUGGACUUGACUUCGUCAGACUGUGCUAUUUGUGGAAUGAGAUUUAAGGAUCCUAAGUACAUGAGGAAGCAUCUGAUUACCCACUCUGGUCAGAAGAAUUACGGCUGUAAUGUGUGUAAGAGGAAGUACAUGAGACGGUACGACCUUCACCAACAUCUGAUCAGAAUGCACGGGUGGAUCAAGCUGGGGCGGGGUCAGGUGGUGGAAUCUGUGGACGAGAACUAUGAACCUGUGUUAACACCCAAGACGGACUCCAAAAUGUUUGAUGCUGCUGAGGUUAGCAAGAAGUUUGAAUAA